UACUGCUGUUGCUGUAUCAACUCGAGUGUUUGUGACUCGCCUGUUGUCGCAGACUCAGUACCCGGAAGCUGUUGUAGGAGUCGAGCUGUAAGGAUAAGAGGUUGCUGUUCUGCAAUGGCGGCCUCAUCAUCUUCCUCUUCAGCUGGCGGAGUGAGUGGAAGCUCUGUCACUGGAUCUGGCUUCAGUGUUUCUGAUCUGGCUCCUCCACGGAAAGCUCUUUUCACUUGUCCCAAGGCAGCUGGGGAGAUGCUGGAGGAUGGUUCAGAGAGAUUCCUAUGUGAGUCUGUGUUCAGCUAUCAAGUUGCAUCCACUCUGAAGCAGGUUAAGCAUGGUUUAAUCUUUUCAGAUCAACAAGUGACUCGAAUGGAAAAGUUGGCUGGUUUAGUAGAGGAACUGGAAGCAGACGAAUGGAGAUACACACCUAUUGAACAGCUUCUUGGCUUCACCCCUUCUUCGGGAGGAAAGUGACUAUCCAUAUGCAAUGCCUACUGGAUCUAGGGGAACAUCUGUGUGAGAUUGGCACAACACAGGAACCUUACAGGGCUUGUCAAUACAAAGUGGCUUGUUCUUAGAAGAUGUCAUUGAGCGAACCUUCUAAACAGACAUGGCAGAGAUGGAAUAUAGAAAAGGUUCCAAGGAAUUCAAAUGAAAACUACACUUUACAUUUGCAGCUAUGUUACUCUUCAUCCAUCCCUGUAAUCCCUGAUGUGUAUUCUUACACCCAUAGCCUCAACGCGCACAAUUCAUGGAUUUACCUAAAUGGCCAAUGUUUACAGCCUCAUCCAGUUGUCCAGAAUUCUCUACAGUGGUUGAAAGAAGGUGCAUCUUUGUAAGCUGUUGUGCAAGAUUUGAACUGCAUUAAAAUACACUGUAUUGUUACAUUUUGCACACUGUAGAUUGUUGGAUGUCUGUGUAAUGCUUGUUUUUUGUUUUAGUGCAAUAAAGAUAUGUCAUCUGAUAAACAUCAAAA